AUGAGUUUUAAUGACGCCGCGCAAUUUUGUGUAGGUAUUCCGAAUGAAUUUGCCACAAAAUUGGUGUUGCUGCUCAUGAGUUUCACGAUUUCACUGAUACUGAUUUGUCUAUUUCUGCUGUUGAUAAUUUACGUUCGCAACAGGGAUAAGCACAAAGACUUACUCUCAAAAGCUAAAGAUGAUUUAAAGCAUGUGAUCAUUGAAAAAGCUUCGCCAUACAUCGUCACACCAGAACAGAAAUUUACUCAGCAACUGCUAGCUUCUCAGGCGAUAACUUCCAUCGAAUGUUCGGUUUACGAUAUUGCUGACACAUUAUGCUACGUCGCAAUCCACGCCAAAAUUGCAGAUGAAUUUUUUCAUACGUCGCGAACAUUCAUUCGCUUAGUGCCACGUGGUAGAACCAAAUUUGAUAAAAGUGGUUAG